AAAAGGUCUUGUCACUUGACAAACAGUGAGCUUGUCCUGUCUUCUUUUUUUCUAAAGUCAUCGCUUUCAGUUCAGUUGAGGUCAUCCUUCCGGUGACACAAUAAAAUUCCUCCAGGCGGCUCUGUCCCGCAUGACAGACAGGAGGUCUCCGUCUUGGAGGCCAACAACCUCCUCAAUCACCCUCCUCAUCGCUUUAUUGUGUUAAAAAAAUAAAGUAGUCACCAUCAUGGCUGCGGCGAUUGACAUCGACCGAUAUGUCGACGUGCUGAUCGUCGGGACCGGGCCGGUGGGUGCUACCUUCGCCCGUGAGUUAACUGACGAAAGGGACUUGACUGUCCUUAUGGUCGACAGCGGAGCCCAGUUGUCCAAAACACCAGGGGAGCAUCUCAAGAAUUCUUUCCUCUAUCAGCGGGACAUGAAUCUCUUCGCCCAUGUGAUUGAGUCGCACCUGGAGCCUGUGUCUGUUCCUACCAAUCAUUCACCCGUACUGACUCCGGACCCCGGGGCCGGUAACUACCAACGAACCAUCCUAAACGGACAGAAUCCUUUCCAGGACCCCGAGGAAAAUCUGCCGGACAUCGCGGUGUGCUACGCUGUGGGCGGGAUGUCCACCCACUGGACCUGUGCAACUCCCCGUGCACACCCCACUGUGGAGCGCUGGGACGGGAUAGAAGACGAGGAGUGGGACAGGCUGUACAGUCGUGCUGAGGAGCUCUACAAAACUAACCAGACAGCUUUCGAGUGCUCUGUGCGCAACACCGCUGUUAAGAACGCCCUUCUAAAGGAGUACAAGGAUGAUCUGCCUGCUGACUACGGCGUGCAAAACGUCCCACUUGCCUGCGAACGUCGCAAGGACAAGCCGGAAUUCGUCACGUGGAGCUCGGCCAGCACUAUUCUUGGUCCGCUGUUGGACAUGCCCGAAGAAAAGUUCCAGAUACUGGAACAGCACCAGUGUCUCGGUCUUGCCCACGACGGUAGCAGCGUGCAGUACGCUCUGGUCAGGAAUCUGGCGAACUGGAACGAGAAAUUUCGGAUCAAGGCAAAGGUGUACGUGGUUUGUGCCGGAACGGUCCAGACACCACAGCUGCUCUACAGGUCUCAAAUCCGCCCGAAAGCCCUGGGUCAGUACCUGUGUGAUCAGCCCAUGGCCUUCUGUCAGGUCGCUUUGCUACAGGAUAUUAUUGACUCCAUCCCCACGACUAGGGAGGAUGAGAUGCAUGCGCACGACCCCGUCCCCAUCCCCUUUAAAGAUCCUGAUCCUCAGGUAUGGAUCCCGGUAUCUGAAAACCGACCUUGGCACUGCCAGAUCUGCAGGGAAGCAUCAUUCUGCAGGGGCAUCAAACCUUACGUUGACGGCCGUCUCAUCGUGGACCUGGCCUGGUUUGGCAAGAUGAACAAGCCCCAUCCUGAAAACAUGAUGACCUUUAGGGACGACAUUCAAGAUCUCCAUGGCAUGCCACAAGUCACAUUUCACUACAAGAUUCGUACCCAAGAAGAACGUGACCAGCAGCACGCCAUGAUGAAUGACAUGUUGCGGGCUGCCGGGGCCUUGGGCGGGUUCCUCCCGACCUCACCACCGCAGUUCAUGUCAUGCUCUUUGCAUCUGACGGGCCCAGUGCGUAUGGGUGAAGACCCAGACACUUCUGUCGUGAACGAAUACAGCAAAGUCUGGGGGUUUGACAAUCUGUAUCUGGGCGGAAAUGGCGUCAUCCCUACCGCCACCGCAUGUAACCCCACCCUCACAAGCUCAGCACUGGCUAUCCGUGCAGCUCACCAUAUCCUUCAAAACUGGGAUGACAAAGGGUUGGACCAGCUUAAGUGCAGCACGUUGGUAAAGCAUGACCUCAAAUACUGUAUUUAGAUCCUGAACCUUGAACUAACUGACGUUAUUUGGAUUACACAUGUAUUAGGUCCUAUUAGGGUCAUUUGAGGUCAGUUGCAGGUAUCCACUAAACACCUGCGCAGGCCCUUAUUCUCUCGGUGCCUCACAACAACCCAAAAAACUACGUUUUCGCAGAUAUAAAUCGUUUCAUCUGUUAUUCCCGGUCAAUAUUUUGUUGUGGACAUUUAUGAAGAAAAUGCCAUCAUAUAAUUCAGCCAAACGAAAGUACCCCUACACAUACAUGUAAACCAAAACAUGCCAUUUACAGAUUUAUUCAUAUAAUGAAUGAGACAAAAUGAAUUAUAAAUGGAUAUUUUUGACAUUUACAAUCACCCCCCCCCCCUUGUCGAUCGUAGAUUUACUUUCAAUCAGAAAUUUAAAACAAAACUCAAGACCCUAGUUUAUUGCUGUACAAAUGUUACAAUGCAAAUGUCAAGUUUUUUUGUUGUAAAUGUUGGGUCCAAUUAAUAAAGUACAUUUCAUAUUUUUCUUAAUUUACCAUUCUAGGAUUUUGGGUGAAUAAUAGUAUUCAAUAAAUCAAUCAUUCGCAGGCAUCAUAGUAUUGCUGGGCUGUAGGCAUACAUUUUUGAUAGCUUUUGCUUUGCAUAGCUUUAGCUUUCAUUUUGGACGCACUGUUUAAUUUAGAUGUAUCUUAUUCAGGCUGACGGGACUUAGAGGUUGUUACAUCAUUGUUCAACGCAUUACCUAGAAGCUAUUGGUCAAAUGGACGUAGCCUUACGUGGGGAUAACAUCGGAAUAAAUUGCAAGUUGAUGUGAGAGCUUUGUAAUUGCUUAACAAUGUGAUAAUUGUUCAGAUUUAAAAAAAAAAUGACGAUAUGUGAUUCACCUUUCUGCCGAAUGUAAACCAAUUCCAGUAAAUUGAGCCUGUUAUGAAACCUUUAAACCAUUUUUAUUACUAGUAUACUGUUAGUCCGUUUUUUCUCAACACCAUGAUGAGCUUUGAAGUUUUGACAUUUCCUUGCAAUGUCUUACCAACAAUUUAUAUCUCACAUGUGUAAGUUAUUACUCAUUUACACCUGUAUCGGUUACGUAGUGUCGUAAAAUACUAUUAUGUUAUUAUUUCGCUUUAAUUUCUAAGACCUUAUCAUGUUUUUUUUUGGAUUCAGUAACAGGUGGAAACCGCAAGACAAUGGUAUUUUAGACGUAAAUAGUACAACAUAACUUUUGUAGGACUUUCGUAUGAAAAUCUUAGCAGUCAUUUUACAUUACUUUAACGUGGAAACGAGUAGUUUUCAGGUAAAUUUUAGAACUGAAUCCCAAAAUUUGACAUCUAUAAUGGGAGGUAGACUGGAUAUGUAAAAUAUAUCAUAUGUCAAUAAAGUGGGCUGCUGACCAA